UGGAUGGAUGACAGUAGGCAUCUUGUCUGAACUCCCAAGCUUUCCCCACCGCUCGCUCCCCAGCUCCCAGUCCACACGAACUCACAGGCUGCUGCAUCUAGGCCGCCUGUCCUUGCCGCCGCGGCGGAUCUCGUCUCCUGGGCGCGCCGGGGGUUCCUGUGCAACGGCCGCCGACGAUGAAUCCGUCUCCCGCGCCGGCGUGCUGCUGGAUUCAGCCUACUCGCGCAGGGUGGCUUCGCCGAGACUCGGCCUCAGCUCAGGGGGGAGAUGUAGCCGCCCGCCGCGUGCGUUGACUACUGCGGGAGAAGGGGGGAACGCGGGCGACGCCUCCGUGGCCCCGUGGAUCGGAGGAGCACGGCCGGAUGCACCAUGUCCGCAGUCACCACUCCCCGGUUACUGCCUGCAUGCAGUUCGUCGAGCUAGUAAGGCCCAUCAGGUUUCAGUUUGUAAUUGGAUAGUCUGAGAUGAUGAGUGCUGAAGCAAUGGGCCCGCAUUAUUGGAAGCAAGGUUGCCUCCUAAUGUCGAGACCUUCCAGAGCGUAUCUUUUUGAAACCACUGUUGCAAAAUCAAGACUUGCCAGAGCAUGUCUUUCGCUGAAACUACUGUUGCAAAAAUUUGGGCGUAAGCAUCCCUGCCCCCCUUACUUGAUCCUGGUAAAUCAUAUAUGUAGUUCUUACUAUCAAUUUCAUGCUAGGCUUCAGCUAGCAAAUGCUAGGCUUCAGUCACAUGCUUAUGUUGGGUGGAUCUUAAGAUUCGUAGUUAGCUAAGUAAUCACACGCUGAAUAUGGUUUUGACACUCAAUUGAUUUGUGUAGCUAAACAACCAAAACUUCCAAUAAUUACAAAAUGCAGAGAAACUAAGCAGAGAAAAGGAAAACAAGGCCAACGGCAAAAACCAAAAAACUAGCAGAAACUAAGGCGCAGCUGCGCGGCCGGAUCAGGCGGGCGUGGGUGCACCCCAUGUUGCGAUCUGAUCUCGUGCGUACUUCAUAUAGAGUGUGCCCAAGGUCUUUUGUACACAUGAUUCUACACCAGAUCAUGUGGAGUCAUAGUUCUGGCGAGGGAUUGAAUUUGAAUAGUUUUGUGAUGUUAAUUUUACACCUUUGUCAAAAUCCAUACGUGGAAGGCCUAAAAGUGUUGUGUUUGAUGAGUCCUAGGAGUAUUAACUGAAGUUGGUUCCAGUUGUAUCGGGUUUUAGAUGGGUGGGUGGUUCUCCUGUUCUGUCCGUGUACUUAAGAUGAUAUGUGACGCUGUGACACCAGAUUAACGAAAGAAGAAGAGCUUGAUCAUCAUAUUUUUCUUUUGAGCAUGGCGGACUAACCUAGUGGUUUAUUUGUUGAAACCAAAGACAUAUUAGUACACGAGGCUUCAUCUGAUUUCUGUUUUGAGCAUGGAUAAUUAAUCCCCCAGUUCAUUUGUUGAAACCCUAGUCCAGGUACCAAGCCCAUCCGUACUCCAUUUCUUCCUUGAUGGGGAGUGCAAGGAUAUGGGUAGCGUCCGUAGCCCAAAAGAUGGAUUUCACCAGCUGUUCAUCCCAAGUCGCUGUGUAUGGGUCCUUGAGCUCCGUUGUCGUUUAGAUGAUGGUGUUUCCCCGUGGUGUGAAAGGCUUUCUAUCCCAGUUUCUUGGGAGCCAGGGGUCCUCACAGAUUUUUACCGCCGUGCCAUCGCCCACUCGGUUGAUGAUUAUUCCUUGGUUGAGUACCUCAACACCUUGCAAAAUGCCUCGCCAUGCAUAGGACAUCCCAUCUUUUGCUUCCGCAUGAAGAAUGUCCAUAUCUGGGUAUUACCUCGCCCGGGUUGUCGAACAGUCUCCAGCCCUGCUCAUGGCUAGGUUGAACGUAUGGAAUGGAGAUCCUUAAACCCUAAUCCUCCUCCCUUCUUGAACCUUGUAAGUUUUUCCGCGGACAGCCAAUGGAUCUUCUGGUCUUCAUCCUGUUGCGCUCAGAAAAACCUCGAGAUCAUGGCUGUCAUUUGCUCGCAUAACCCUUUUGUAAGGUCAAAUACCGACUGCAAAAAUCGGUAUAGCUUGGGCACAUGCUUCUAUGAGGAUCUCUUUUUCAGCCUUGGUUCUGGAUUGGCCAACUAUUUGUCCUUGGAGUAUAUAGCUACUUAAGGAAAUGAUGGUUCAGUGUUGACAAGUCAUAGGAGGAUGUGGAGGAUGGCUGUGAUUGCCGAGGCAAACGUGUGGGGGAUGUUGGUUGCUGUGUUCGAUUCACUCCGGCGUAUCUGCAUCGAGUUCUGUGGACCUAAGCGCUAUUAAGGACUCAUCGGGGGGCUACUUGCGAAAUUAGGCAAGCCCCUCUCUGGCCGUUGGAUCUACCAUCCAACGGUCCGUAUGCGCGCUCUGUAGCAUAAGAAAGACGAGUUCCGAGCCGACCCCCCGCCGCCACCAUCAGAUCUCGAUCCAUUCGGCCCAUUCCCCUCCCGCCCGGCAAAACCCUAGCCCUCGUCGCCUCCUCUCCUCGCCACCUCCCCGCCGCUCUCCAUGGAAGGUCUUCUACCUCUCCGGCCCGUGCUCUUCCGCCGCUCCAGCCGGCAGAGAGGUUCUGCCCGGUCGUCCGCGACAUCCGUCUUCUCCGACUGAAAUCCACAUCAACCGCUCGCUCUUUCUUCUAUCCUCAAGAUCCGGAGGGGAAGAAGAUGGAAGAUCCGAUGGAACAGGAGAGUGAAGAUCUGAAGGCGGGGGAAAAGAAGACGAAAGAUCCGGUGGAGAAGGAGAUCGAAGAUCUGAAGGCAAAGAAGGUGCGCCUGACACCGCAACUGGUUCACUCCAUGUCUAACUACUGUUGGAUGUUGGGCGGGCUCGGCACUUUUUACCUCUUCGUCUUCACCGUCACAAACUUUGCACCUCUGGCCGCCCAAUUCAUGUCUCCUCCUCCUGCUUCCCCUAGCUCAAAGUUGCUGAUGCCUGCUCCACAUACCACACUGCCCCAUGUGGGUUGUAAUCCGAUGCUUGCACAGUACAUUGCUGCCAUGUACCCCCCUAGUCAGGUCUGCGCCCUGCUCUCCACAACUGCCUACGACUGUACUCCAAUGCUUGUGCAAUACAUCGCCAGUAUUGCUCCUGGUCGAAUUUGUGCUAUGCUGCCCACAACUGCCACUGAUCAUCCUGCCUCGGGUGCCUCCCCAUCUUCCUUGGCUUCAGACUCAUCCCAGUCAAACAAGCUCAAAUCUUAUAUAUCUUUCUGGGAUAGGUUGACUGUGGCAUUCUUGUUGGGAGCAAUGUUCCUCAUUGCUACGGUGAAGCCACGAGUUGAUGCAGCGGCAAAGGCUGAGGACCGUGCUGCCAGCAAGGAUGACAAGGUGUAUGAGGCUGUGCUUGAUGAGCUGUGCAAGGACCAUAGAUAUGCCGCAAGAGCCCAAGCAGAAGUCCAUGAGGCCACCCGCUGUACCUUUCCUGCAUCACAUGCCCUGCGUCCCGAUGUUGCUCGCCGCAUGCGCACCCGUGAUGACGCUGUCAAAGCGAGAGAAGAGGCUUGCAAGAAGGUUGACGACCUAAGGGCAGUGGUUGGUGUGGCCAGAAUGGGGAAGGUUGAAAGGUUCAUGGUCCGCUGUUUUUUUGUCCUCUCGAUCUUGUUCUCCUUGAGUGCAGGGAUCUGCAGUGCAGCUGCUUUCUUCAGAUCUGCUCAACUAGAGAAGGGGGGUUCGAUGAGCCUUGCUGCUGUUAUUGGCACUAUUGCUGUUGCAGGAGUACCGAUGGUCUUGGCGCAUGCCCAUUUCUUAUAUGUUGCUUUGUACGAGAACUAGUUUUUGCAGCGCCAAUACAUUGUGUUACUUAUGGUUUGAGAACUUAUGUGGAAAAGUGAACUGUAGGCUGAUUUAUUGUAAUUCUGCAUGUUAUCCCUGUAUUCAGUCCACUCCUCAUCUUUUAAUUAAGAACCAAAUGAUCACUGCUGCAUCUCAAAUAAGAGACAUAGUGGUGUUGUGCUGUAACUGCACAUGACAAAAGCUAUUGUUCAAGUUCUUGACAUUAUUUUGAAUGCAUUUAAUCCUGUUUUUGAAUUAAA